UUAAUUAUAGACACAGACAAUGAGGUAACACGCAAAGCAUUGGUUGAUGCAUGCAACGUCUGAACGCGGCCAUCGUCUCCACUGCAGCAGGCCCUCAAGUCGAUUACCGAUUUAUGGUCUCACUGAUGGAAAGCCGUGCUGGCAUCGAAAUGUUGAGACAUUCCGAAACAGUGCCAAAUUAAAGUUAAUGCUGACAACUAGGCACACAGGAGCCAUGCUGACGUCUAUCAAGUUGCCUAUUGUGAUCAGAGCCGAAAUCAAUUUGGUUUUGGUGGUGGUGACAGCCCUUGGACUUUUGUCCAGACUGUAUGGAAUUAACUUCCCCAAAGCUGUAGUGUUUGAUGAGGUGUACUAUGGACAGUUUGUAUCUCUCUACACAAAGCAGGUCUUCUUUAUUGAUGAGAGUGGUCCACCUCUUGGUCACAUGAUUCUAGCAUUUGGAGCUUAUCUUGGUGGAUUUGAUGGUAACUUUAUCUGGAACAGGAUUGGAGCAGAGUAUUCCAGUAAUGUGCCUGUAUGGAGUUUAAGACUGAUACCGGCCCUGGCCGGGUCACUGUGUGUACCCCUGUGUUACCUUCUGGUUGUGGAACUCGGGUACUCGCACCUCACAGCACUGGGGGCUGCAUUGCUCUUCCUCAUGGAGAAUUCCUUGAUUGUUCAGUCCCGCUUCAUGCUGCUGGAAUCUGUGCUUAUCUUCUUCCUUCUGCUCGCUGUCGUAUCCUACCUCAGAUUUCACAAUGCACAAAGCGGCUCACCAGUCAGAUUGGCGUGGCUGGUGCUGACUGGAGUCACAUGUGCCUGUGCUGUGGGAGUGAAGUACAUGGGUCUGUUCACCUACUUUCUGCUGCUGGGCUUGGCGGCCGUGCACACGUGGCAGCUUAUUGGGGACAGAGCACUGAGCAAUGGUGUGGUGCUGAUGCAGGUAGUGACCCGCUUCCUGGCCCUCGUGGUCCUACCCCUACUGCUCUACCUGGGCUUCUUCUAUGUGCAUUUGAACCUGCUCUACCGUAGUGGCCCACACGACCAGAUGAUGAGCAGUGCCUUCCAGGCCAGCCUAGAGGGAGGAUUGGCCAGGAUCACUCAAGGUCAGCCUCUAGAGGUGGCUUAUGGCUCUCAGGUGACCCUCCGCAGUGUCUCCAGUAAACCCAUACCCUGCUGGCUACACUCCCAUAAGGCAAACUAUCCCAUCAGGUAUGAAAAUGGGCGUGGUAGCUCUCACCAGCAGCAAGUGACCUGUUAUCCGUUCAAAGAUGUCAACAAUUGGUGGAUAAUCAAAGAUCCAGGCAGACAAGACCUUGUUGUGAGCAGCCCGCCCCGCCCUGUUCGCCAUGGUGAUGUUGUCCAGCUUCUUCAUGGCAUGACCUCCCGCCUCCUCAACACGCACGACGUUGCAGCUCCCAUGAGUCCUCACGCACAGGAGGUGUCUGGCUACAUUGACUUCAAUGUGUCAAUGCCAGCCCAGAAUCUCUGGAAAGUGGACAUUGCGAACAGGGAGGCGGAACAAGAUGUCUGGAAGACUAUUCUCUCUGAAGUACGUUUGAUUCACAUCAACACCUCGGCUGUGCUCAAGCUGAGCGGUUCCUCCCUUCCAGAGUGGGGCUACAGGCAGCUGGAAGUGGUGGGGGAUAAGAUCUACAAGGGCUACCAGCCCAGCGGUGUGUGGAAUGUAGAGGAGCACCGCUACGGCAGGAGUCUGGAGCAGAGGGAGAGAGAGCUGGAGCUACACUCCCCCACACACAUUGACAUCAACCGCAACCUCACCUUCAUUGCAAAAUUUCUGGAGCUACAGUGGAAGAUGCUGACGGUGAAGCAUGAGGAUUCUGAACACAAGUACAGCUCUUCACCUCUAGAAUGGAUCACGAUGAAUACCAACAUUGCGUACUGGCUCCACCCUGCAAGCAAUGCCCAGAUCCACCUGAUUGGGAACUUUGUCACUUGGACCCUGGCAAACCUCGCCCUUGCGGUGUACGUCCUUCUUUUCCUAUCGUACCUAUUAAGGAGGCGGCGGAAAAUUGAAGACAUUCCAGAAGCCACCUGGUGCCAGCUGCUUCAGGCAGGAGUAGUGUGUGCUGGUGGCUGGGCCGUCAACUACCUGCCCUUCUUCAUGAUGGAGAAGACACUGUUCCUGUAUCACUACCUGCCAGCUCUCACCUUCCAGAUCCUGCUGAUCCCUGUGGUUCUGGAGCACCUGCACACACACAUGCUGAGGUGUGCUUCUCUCCGGCGUGCUCUUCAUGGAGUCGUAUUGGCGGGGUUGUCCUCAGUAUAUCUGUCCUUUCGGACCUUCAGUCCUCUCACCUAUGGUCAGCCAGAACUGAGCGCUGAGCAGCUGGCUUCGUUGCGCUGGAGGGACAGUUGGGACAUCUUGUUUCGCAGACGUUAAGUCUUAACCGUACACCCCCGCUGACUGGGGAGAGGCGAAGCCGUACAUUUGCACAGGGCAGGAAGCGCCUAAGGGAACCGUUCCAAAGGAAGGCCUUAUUAAAAACAUGUUUUGUAGAGUGCAUUACUUUAAUUUUAUUAGUGAGUGCAUCUACAUGGGAUCAGAGAACUUUGGGUCCAGAAACAGUUUAAAUCUUUGAGGGACCUAUUUAAAAUCUCUCACUUCUUCUACAGCUCCAGUCAAUGUGAAAACCAUGAAAUGUUUACAUGUAUUUUUCAGUAUCAUUUACAGAUCAAAAGGGAAUGUUUACCCAAAAAUGUCACUGUGAUGAACCACUUUUUUAAAACAAUUUCUCCAUGUGGAAUUUAAGGCUGCAUAACAAUUGAAAUUUUAAAAAAUGAAUAAACCACAACGUUGCAUUCAUUGUAAAGAAUUAGCCCGGGAUUCUGUCCGUAGCUCAGCACGCUGGACAGCAGACAAUAGUUUUAAGGUCAGAUUCUAUGUACAGCGUUUUACUGUAAAUGUAUAGCCUACAACCCGCGAUCGGAUUGAAUCGCGGGCAGAAACAAAUCUACGCUGUCUGUAUUGAACAUUGUUAUAGAGCCAACCAUAACAUCUAUUAGUCACACACACAAUUUUGCCAAAGCAGUAUUCUCAAUCCCAUCGUGGCAGCAAGAGAACGGAAAAUGCAAACCAUGAAUCUGUCUUUGGUGAACUCUCAUUUUAAUCUAGUCUAUUGCUGCAGAAAAAAAGGUGUCUUGGUGCUGGGUCAGAAUGUUCAGUAAGCAUCUCCAGCACUGUCCCUCCCUCGUCUGGGCCUGGCUCUCCUGCACAGCCGGGCCAUCUCCUCCCUGUACCGCUGCUAAUAGUGCUGUGGGCCCCAAACCAACAUGAAUUACAGUCAGCCUCUAUCCCCGUUUAUACAGUACCUGGUGCUAACAUGCAUCCUUUGUCCUGAUUAAUAUGUGGGCAUAGCCAUUGGCAUUAAUGUGUCUCUGAUCGGUCCACUGUCUGCAUUGAGACCAGAUUUCCUGGUCCCGACUCCCUCCCUGUACGCAAAUUAUUAAACACAUAUUUACAUUGCAGAUUUUUAAAGGAAAACCUACAUAGGCGUACAGAGGCCCAUUAUCAGCAACCAUCACUCCUGUGUUUCAAUGGCACGUUGUGUUUGCUAAUCCAAGUUUAUCAUUUUG